AUCUUUAUGUUUUUUGACUACUUGCAUUGUCGAAAGCUCGUCCGAACUUGAAACCCGAUACAUGACGUUUAGAGAGGCUUUGCGCGGGAUGACCACUUUCGUUUCAGAUAGAAGGCUCGGUUAACGAGAAACAAUAUCAAAAUCAUACCAAAUUCAAUCAAAAUAUAUGAAAUGGUAUAAGAAUUGUCGAUGUGCAAAAGGCCGUCCAUCAAUGUAAUUCCGCUAUUGAUACUUCUAGUGAAGGAUACUUCUACUUAUAGCAGACUGACUGAAAAAAAGUUCAUAUAUACGAUACAUACUGUUUUUUGCAUACACCUACACGAAAACGAAGUCACGAACAUGGUUCAUGCCUUCAUCAUUCAUAGUCGUGGAUUCUGAUGGCGUAAUGGCGUUUCAAAAUACUAGCUUUGAAACUAAUGAUAAGGAAUCCUUGGCCAAUUUCAUCAAAGGUGUACACGGAAAACUGCGAAAAGAGGUUUUGAAAGCAAAUGGCAAUUUUCAGAAAGUCUGGCAAGAGCAUUGUGAAAAUCAUGCCCUUCUUCAUCAAUAUUCCCAGUCAAUGAAGGAACUUGCAAUGAAAUGUUGGGGAGAAAACCACUUGCAAAGGAUAAAAUGGUGCAGGGAUGUUUGUCUCGAGUACUUUCACUAUGGUGGAUGGGAGAGGUGCUUAAGCAAAGAUAGCAGACGAAUCUUGUUGAACUUGGACAAACAUCAAAAUUGCCAAUGUAAAAAUCAUGCAGAACUUUGGCAGCGAUUGUUAUAUAGUGGUCAUUCAUGUCGAAAGUUGGACGAGAAAAUAUUUUUGUUGGAUGUUGGCAGCUGUUUUAAUCCUUUUCAAAUGUUUUCUGAUGAGUUACUGCCUUUGGCGAUCGAUCUCUGUCCUGCUGAUCAGUCUGUCUUCUCGUGCGAUUUUUUGUCUGUCGAAAUUAAAAGCGAUGAGCCCACAAACAAUUUUCCUCCUGACCCGUCAAAUAAUGACCCUGAGAUUUCCCGUUCCCGCGUCAACGACGGUUUUCCCGCGCACAUUCAGAGAUACCUGAGCGAAGAACUAAUCAUAAAAGCAUUACCGCGCGAGUCUUUCGACGUUGUCGUAUUCUGUCUACUUUUGACUUAUCUUCCCUCGCGUCAACAAAGAUGGCAAUGCUGUUUGAAAGCGCACAAACUUUUGAAGGAAAACGGUUUGUUGCUCAUUAUCACACCGGACUCGAGUCAUCAAAACAAAAAUAUGGUUAUGAUAAAAUCCUGGAAAGCGGCCAUCGAAAGUAUCGGAUUCUUCCGUUGGAAGUAUCACAAAGCAAGCCACACACACUGCCUGGCUUUCAGGAAAACCAAAGUUUGUAAAGCGGCCUGUGUUGGAAUGGGACCCGAAAUGUUGUACAUUCAUCAGGAUUUUGAAGUGAUUCAUGACGAAAGCAACGAAGAACAUGCAUCUUAUGAUGAAAAGAGCUUAGCUGAAGGAUUUAACGAAUUACCUUUCGGUUGAAAACGCAGGUAUUUCCGUUUGAAUGGUCGGUGUCUAAAAGGACUCGAGUUUUCGGCUAGAUUAAAUAACUCUUGGUAAAUAUAUUAGUCCAGAUGUCAAGUGACACGGUGGUAAAUUUUUGAUGACUCCUGAUGAGGACCCCGGGUCACUACUAAAUGAUACCUUUCACCGAAGUUUCCCAGAACAUCUUACCCAGAGCAAAAAAUGAAGAAGGUUCAGUGCUUAUACUGGAAGGUGUACAGUUCAGCAGUUUAUCAUACAGUCAUUAUUUAUUAUGACAGUUACAUUAUAUAGGUGUGAUUUGUUGUAUUUUGGGGAAAGAUAUUUAGUCUUUAGUCUUAGGAAUGUCUGCCAUUGGCCUGCUUGCAAUGUGAUUUUUUCAAACUAAUUAAAUAAUGGUGUAAUAUUUCUCCCGCCCCUAGCAAAGUGAGGAUUUGAGUUUCCUUGUAUGUGGAUGAUAAAACGAACAUUGUUGCUUCGUGGAUUGAUUUAGAAAAUACUGCAAACGGUCCAAGAUCUCCACAAAUGAAAUCGUUUGAGUAUUUUUGAUUGAUGUAAGGACUCAAAUCUUCAAGGGAAUGUUAGUUUUAUAGUAUGAUGUCAUUAUUAUCCAUUUAUCAUUAAACUCACAAAUUUUUGUCCUUUCAAAUUUACUAUAGAAACAAUUACUUUAAAUAUUGUGUUGACCCAGCACUCGACUCAAAACUCCGAAUCAUCUGUUAUUUCAUUGUCGUUUUCUUCCACGAAAGUCGCCGCUCCUAGCAAAGUGAGGACUCCCGUUUCCAUCUCGUUCCUACCGUAAUUGAGUCGUUCAACGAUGUCAUAUGCAAGAUCUUUACAUGUGGACAAAUGUAGCGAUUUAUACGGUUUUAUGACAACCAGUACAUCUGCAGUGUAUCUGAGAUCCAACGAGAUUUUGCAGCGAUUUUUGUUUCUCAAAGUAUCUGUGUAGUAUUUGUGAAUAUGCCGUAGACGAUAUGUUGAGUUUGUCACCUUGUCAUUGUUGAGGCUGAUGAGCAAUACCGAACCUAUGAAUGAUAACGUUUUCAAAUCUCCCUGUUCAGAAGUGAUUUGCAGUCAAAACUCCAGUUUUGACUCCAGUCUUUAUGCACUGAAAGCUUAUGUUUUCAUUUGGAUUUGUCCGAUAUUGAAAAUUAGUUCAUACAUAUUCCGGUCUAAGGGCUUUGUCGUCAUCAAGAGUAAUAUGAUGUUGAAACAUGAGUCCUUAUAUACUCUAUAGUGUCUUCAGUCUAGUGUCUUCAUUAGAAGUGAUCUGACGUUGAAACUGAGUCAUAAUAUAUUCCAGUCUACCAACUUAUCAGGAGUGAUCUGAUGUUGAAAUUUUAGUCCUUAUAUUCUACUGUCUAUUACCUUGAUCAAGAGUUAUCUAAUGCUUAAACCUGAGUCCUUGUAUAUUCCAGUCGAUUGUUUUCAUCAGAGUGAUUUGGCUAUGAAACCCUAGUCCUUAUAAUCACAUUUUAACAUCCUUAUAUUCCAGUGACGAGAAGUUGAUGAAAUAUUUUGGUUAUGUGCCAGGUUACGUACUUACCACAGAUUGGGCAGCAGGCCCCUGGUGGUAUCACAGACGAGCGACAUUUUAUCUGCGAACAUCUUCCGUUUUCGUAAACCAUGUCACAUUUAUCGUUGUUGUACAUGCUUCCAUUUCUACCGUUUGUCAUUGAUGGCGUGUUCAAGCGAUGCUCGCAUCGACCAUUGUAGUCCACGUGGGCGUUUAUAUUGUUGGCAUGGCAACGACUUGUGAACGUCCGACCCUCGAUUCCACACACCUAUCACACAAUGUAAUGACGUAGUAUGUUGAAUGAUAUUACAUUAUGUGGACAAAAAGUAGUUGCCCCCUCCCCUCCUCCCAUAGAAACAUAACGUUAAUAGACCCGUAUCUCGUAAAAUUUUGAGGAAAUGUGUAAAAAUGAAUUAAAUUCUCUUGAAUAAUGAAUAAAAAAAUGUAAUGUCAA